AUGUCCCUGGUCCAUGGUAUUAAGUACGGACCUGUAGUCCAAAUUGCACCAAAUGAGGUAUCGGUAGCCGAUUUGGAAGCCACCAAACAGAUCUAUGGAACAAAGGAUCGUUGUGCCAAGAGCGACUACUUUGACCACUUUAUGGGGUAUGGCAGGCGUUCCAUAUUUGCGACCAAGCCCUAUGAGGGCCAUCGGAUCAAGCGCAAGUACACUUCAUCAUUCUAUCAAGCAAAAGCUAUAUACAAGCUUCCGGAGAUUGAGGAGCAUAUCAAGUCCCGCUCUCUGGCAAUACUGGAUCAAGUCCGAAACGGCGAAUAUGUUGAUGCUUUCAGCCUUACGUCGUGGUACGCAUUGGACAACAUAACGUUCUUAGUUUUCGGACCCAAUCAUGGAACUCAUUCGGUGGACCAGACGUGCACCGAACGUGAAAUCCUUGAGGGGUUGAAGUAUCAACAGUUCAUCGGCCCAUUUCGUUACAGGUGCCCUCGGUUGUACAACUACGCUUCUCUUCUAUUGCAGAGAGCUAGCUCUCGUUUCCGAUACCUCUCAGCAGAUGGAAAAUUCCCGACUUGGUGCGAGAAAAAGCUUUUCGCUGCUCUCAAAGACCCGCGCUUGAAUGAAACUCACUCUCUGGUACGUCAUCUUUGGGAACUCAAACAGGAUGAUACAAACACUGGGUCUAUCGAUGUGCCUUACAUGGCCGCAGAGCUCAUUUGGAAACUAACUGAGGCGCCAGAGUGGCAGGAUAAGAUACGCCAAGAGCUGUCUGCCUUGCCGAAGCAAGACGAUGGAUGUCCGUCAUUCGCAGAUAUUGAUACUCGGGUCCCGUCACUCGAGGCAUGUCUCCGUGAGGUUUACCGCCUGCAUCCAUCCUCAAGUGGGAAGAACGAAAGGUUGGUGCCUUUAGGAGGCCGCACACUGGCAAAAGUGUUUGUACCCGAGCAUACUGUUGUCACAUCUUCAGUUCUGGCGUUGCACUAUGAUGGAGAGGUCUACUCUGACCCUGAUAGGUUCCUCCCAUGUAGGUGGAUCGACGGGAGUGAAGAGCAGCGAAAGGUUCUUGAUUCACAGUUAAUCCCUUUCGGUUAUGGCGGAAGAGUCUGUUUGGGAAAGGCGUUGGCAACUAUGGAACUCAAGCUACUCAUAGCAAGUUUGUAUCUUGAACAUGAGAGCCUGGCAACAUUAGCGACCAAUGCUGUGUCCAUGAAGUAG